AUGCUUAAUCAAACAAUGAUUAGAUUACUUAGGGUACAAACAAUUAAACCAUGUCUUUAUAGAACAUCACCAUUUGGUGUAAGAGCAUUUGCAACAACCACACCGAAACUAAAACUUUUCCAAUCUAAACCACAAGUUACACGUCCAUCAUCAAUUUCUAAAGAACAACAACAACAACUAGAUAAUCAUCCAAUACUUAAAAGAGUUCCUAAAUUUUUACGUUCAUAUGCAUCUAAAUUCAUCAAUGCACCAAUAUCACAUUUAAUUUCAUUUAUUAUUCUUCAUGAAAUAACAGCAAUUAUUCCUCUUGUAUCUUUAUGGUAUUUUUUCCAUAAUCAUCCAAAUUAUGUACCUAUGGAAAUUCCAAAUUGGGCAUUAGAACAAGGUGCUAAAGUUAUUGAUUAUGCUAUUACUAAAGUAACUAACUGGGAAAUAAAUUCAAAAGAUAAAAUGCAAUUAAUUAUUGAAGGUGCUUAUGCUUUUAGUAUUGUUAAAUUUUUGAUUCCUGCUAGAGUAAUGAUUAGUUUAUAUUUAAUGCCUUGGUUUGCUAAAUGGUUUGUUGUACCAAUACUGAAUAUCUUUAGUAAUUUCAGACAAAUCAUAAACUUAAAGAAGAAGCAAGAAAAGGAACUGUCAUUCGAACAUGUAAAGACUAAAAAAAUAGAAAAGCCUAGAUUGUAA